CGCAUCCGAGAGCGUUUGAUCUGGCGCGGUGGAGCACGCCUGCGCCCAUUGCGCCUGUCUUUCAGCCGCUGCAUGUGCCGAUGACGCCGCCGCGAAGGGGGGAUGGAGAGCGUGUUGUUAGUGGCAUUGGGAUCGGGAUCGGGAUGGAGGGUCCUGGUGGUGGUGGUGGUGGUGGUACGCAGCCGGUGCUUACGCUCGAUCACCAUCAUACUGGCUGGAGCCCGACUGGAACGCGCCAUGUCCACGGCCAUGCCCAUGGCUACGAUACCAGUAUGGGAACGAGCUCGGCGGUGGGCGACGAGUGGGUGAGCAUCGAGAGUAUGGACGUGGACGAUAUGCCGCCGGGGGAUAUGCGCAGUAUGCCAGAGUAUGAUGUCGAGCACCGGGUCCACGACGCCUAUGGACACGGGCACGGGUAUGGGCGCGAAAUGCCGUCGCACCUCGGACACGGGCAGGGGAAGGAGAAGGAGCGCAAGGGGCGCAAUUUUAUGGAGACGUUUUCACCGGAGAGGCUUCGUUAUUCUGUGCAGGCGGACAAGGAGAACGCGAGUGGCGGGAAUCUGCGCCAUAGUGGGCGGGGGCUCGGGUUAAGCGCCGAUGGACGUGCUGUUCUUGCGAGGGCGAAUACGUCGAGGGUGGGCAGGGAGCUCAGGAAUACGAUGUAUGAAGAGGAGCAGCAAGGUGGGUUCGCUGGCGCUGGCACUGGCAAGCGCGGGGAGACGGGCGUGGCGAAGCCCAGGUCAAGGGGGCGAGCUCACACCGAUUACGACCCGCACCACGCCAAGCGCGGGGCGCCGUACGACCACGCGCGCACGCACACGACGCACGGCGGUGGGCAGCCGCCCACGCCCAGCAUCGGUGGCAACGUGCCCACGCCCAUGUCCCCGCCCGGAACGUCUUCAAGCACGCGCGACGGAGCCGGAUCAGGCCUCCUGGGAGCACCCGUCGGCGAAGUGCGCGGCUGGUUCGCGUCGCUCUUCCACUGGCGCAGCCACUCGUUCACGCUCGGGUCCAUCGGCUCGCCGCUCGCCACGCGCGUGGAGGCGAUCCGCGUGCUGCACACGCUCGGCGCGGACGUGCGGCCCGAUGCGCACUCGGAUGCGCUGAGCGCGACGGGCAUUCUGCGCUGUGCGGUGGGCGACGUGCGGUUCCGCGCGGAGGUUAUCGAGCGCGGCGGCCCGGGGAACGAGACGCCCAGCGCCGCGUCGACGACGUAUUAUACGCCGUCGGGCGGGAUCGCGUAUGCGCCUACGCCCAUGCCCGUGCCCACGCCCAUGCCUACGCCGAACGCGAAUUACAGUAUGAGCACGACGCCGCUUAUAGCGCAGAGCCCCACGCACGCGACGUACACCCCAGGGCCGACGCCGACGCCGAGCCUCAACGCGAGCGCCGCGGCGUUCACGCCCGCGCUGGGCCAGCGCGCGGGCGCGAGCCUCGCCAAGGUGCUUGCGGACGACACGCACAUGUGCGCGCUGGUGCUCGUGCACGAGAAGGGCCCCGUGUCGGGGUUCCGGACGGUGUGCAAGCGGCUGAGGGAGGAGUGGACGCUCGCGCCGCAUAACUACGGUCAUGGUGUGAGCAGCCCGGAGGCGUCGGCGGGGAGCCAGCGUGUGAGUGUGGUGUCGCCGACGUUUUCGCCUGGGGGCGGGUUUGCGGAGCAGCAGGGAGCGGCGAGGAGGGUGCUUGUGUGAGCCGAGGGUCUGGACGUGUAUAGAUGGGUGUAGGAGUAAGUAAGAGUUUCACGAGAAGGACAGAUUUUCAC